ACGUUCGCGAUACGCGUGCGCUCGAAUUUAACAAAUGUUUGACUCUUACUACAAUCUUCAUAGUCAUCUUAGCCUGGCAUUAAUCACAAAGUUUAUAAAGUACGCGCAGUAACGGCCAGCGCACUUGUGGCUUACACAUUGUAUCUUCAAGAAUCACACUGUUGAGUGGAAACCGCUUUUCAUUUGCGCCUUGUAAAACACACUCGUAGAGACAGUUCAUCUAGAUAUGACGUUGAGAAUCACGAGCGUUAUCAUUUUUUGUGUUUUAUUAAGCGAGGCGUAUAAGCUCGGCGAUGCGCAAGUGAAUCAUAGUAAAUAUUGGAAGGAAUUUCAAGAGUUUCUUAAAUGGAAAAGAACAAAGCAAUCGAGCGAAUAUAGUGUCGAUUUUCUGAGGCGUGCGAUCGGAUUCGAUGAUCGAGGCGGUCAAAGGACUAAUAACCGAGCCAUACAAGAUUUACCACCGAAAGAUCAAACAGCUUUAGUGGCAAGAUACGUCGUUAAUCAAGCUGAUUGGGCAGCCGUAGCGACAAUAAGCACGCGAAAAGAUGUUGAAACAUUUCCCAUUGCGAAUGUAAUUUCUAUCGGCGAUGGACCUAUUGGAAAUGGCAGUGGAAUGCCGUAUAUGUAUCUCACUCCUCUUGACUACACCGCUCAAGAUCUUGCUAGAGACCAUCGCACAACUAUCCUAGUAUCAUUAGCACAAGGAAACUAUUGCAAAGAUAGACAAUGGGAUCCAAUGGAUCCGCGAUGUGCUAGAGUUCUACUAAGUGGAAAAAUUAUAGCAAUAAAAAACGAUACUACAGAAUAUGAGACUGCAAAACAAUUAUUUUUUGGUCGUCAUCCGAAAUUGGAAAAUAUGCCCGCAGAUCAUGGAUUCUUUUUUGCAAAAUUAAAAAUAUUUGCGAUUGCUUUGUUGAACAACUUUGGUGGACCAAAAUACAUUUCCGUAGAGGAUUAUUUUCAUCCGCCAGUGACUAAUCGCGGAUAAAUUACAUGAAUGUUUGCUGAACCAGUGUGUCUAAUAAGCAGAUAUUCUGUCAUACUAAUAAAUUUCUCGAGUUUCAAUAUUGUGAGACGUUGCUUUCUCAGGAAAAGAUUUUAUAAAAAGAAUUCAUAUUUUUCGUAAACACACACACAUAUAUAUAUAUAUAUACAC